AUGGGUUUGAGGAAAGCAAGUUCGGGCUUCUAUGGCGAUUUGCCGUACUGCAGUCCUGUGGAAAGUAGCGUUUUUUUUGAUGCAGUUGCAGCCUCAAGGAUGCAUCGUAUCUCUGAGAGCAUGAUUUCGCGGGCGGAUUCGAUUUCAUAUUUCAUGAAAGAAAAUACUCCGUUUUAUGAUUUAUUUCUUAGACUGAGAAAAGGAUUUGAUGAGAAUGACUCCAAAUUAAAGCAUGGGGGUGUUUUGGAGUUUUUGGACAUUAUUCCUUCCUUGUUUCAUUCAUCUUCGGCUCAUCGACUUGUACGAGAGAGUAAAGAAGGGAAUUGCUUUGUGGUCAUUGAAUCAAAAGAGCCCAGUGAUAUGUGCGGUAUUUUUGAUGUUGCGAAACAGGAUGAUUUGAGUGUUUACUUUUUUGUCUCAUUGGACCUUAAGGGGAUGGAUUGUAUGUGGCAGUCUCUUUUGACUUUUCUUUUGGGAGGUGCAUCCACGGAAAAGAACAUGGUAUACGUUCUACCAAUUAUUGAUUUUUACCUUCAAAAAGGGAAUACAUAUGGUGAGUUUCUGUUUUCUUUGUGGGCAAUUGGUGUUUCAUCAAUACUUCACCACUUUGCCUUAAUUGCUGUUGAUUCUGUGCGUGAAAGACUCCAUAAGGUGAGUAUUCGAAUUGGCGCGUUAAAGGGACAUGAAGGUGAUAGUAUACUGGACGAUGUGCAGCUUUUUUUUGAGGAUAGACUAAGGGUUUGCGUAUAUCGUGUAUUGAAUACUGAGGUUUUGCCGAAUGACCCAUUUGCCGUUGAGACAGAGUGUGCUAUAACGGCGGGUGACCGUGAGGAAUGGCUGGAGAAAGUGACAGAACUGAUUUUGGGAGUUCAUGAAGAAUUGUGUGAUAUUGGUGAAGAAAAACCAAAAAACGAUGAUGCUAAAUUGCGCUGUGUUCUAUUCAUAAUACCGGAUAUCAUUUCGCUACAAAAUGAUUUACAAAAACACUUAUCGGACAGUUAUGCAUCGACUCCAAUUAUAGUUGCAACAAAGGAAAGUCAAAUUUACGAAUUAUUGGCCUUGCAUAAUCGAAGCGCUCCCAUUGUUUUUUUUUGUUCCCCCCAAAAUCUUCGGGAGCAGCUGCUAAAACCGGAGCAUGAGCGAUAUUUAAAUCGAUUAUGUGUAGAAGUUUUCUUUUAUAGUGAAAUAAAUAGAUACGUUUGCGACAUUGCGCUCAUUCGUAUGCUUUUUCCUGGAAGACAACCAUUUUAUUUAUUACCAUAUCCCUUAUUUGAUGCUACAAACUCAGAUGAGCGAAAUGAGAAAGCAAAUGAACUGGAAGAAAGUUUUCUUGAAGAGGCAAUAAAUAUUGUCUUGUGGUUAUUUAGAAGAUUUAAAUUGGAGAAAUGCCGAAAAGGAAUACAACCUGUUUUAAGGAUAUCCGAGAUGUUUUUUAUAUCUCGGGGUGCGGCUUUAAUCUUUGAAAAGGUUAUGAAUGCAAUGAAGUCUUCUGGGCUUGUUUCUUCUUUGAAUAUAUCAGAUGAAUCAUAUUCCUUUCGUUUGGAAGUUUUGGGAAGGGCAGUUUCUUAUCGAUUUUGUUUGCCUUACGAAUCAAAGUUCCCUGAAUUUACAUCUUUUGAUGUUAAAUGCAUUUUUUGGUGCCACGCAUUUAGACAACCCAAAGAGACUGCUCUAAAACUAAUAUCUUCUGCCCACCAUUUUCCAACGUGGGUUGAAGCUGCAAUAAAUAAUUUUUGUCUUCAACAUCGAAUAAAAUUAGAAAAUGAUAUUGUUACAGAAAGAGAAGCUCUUGUUAAGGGGUUAUCUUUAAUCCCAAAAUUUGAUGGAAUAAAUUCGCGAAUAAAGGCCUUUUUAACGUAUCCAUCUGGGAAAAGAAUACCGAUUUUGGGAAGUUUUGUUUCUGCCUCUUCAACCCGUUCUCGUGGUUGGUUUGAACAAGCACCUGUGAGUAAAAGUGCUGAGUCAGUAACGAGACCACAUGUAAACGUUUAUUGUUAUCCAUCACAUAACGAGCUAUGUGAGAUUUGUUUUGGCGAUCAUACAAUACAAUGCCCUCUUGAUCUUUCAUAUCCUUUGAUUGUUACACACAUUGUUCUACACACAACUCUAUGGAAUAAUGCUAUUAUUUUGGAGAGUGGCAAUGACAAUGGUUUGGCAGCGCCUUUGCCAAUACCUUUGGCAUUGCUUCACUCACCCACAUUAAAUUCAAUAUUGGAAGAUGUCGAUGAUGGAAAGGUGGGAUUUUGGCUUGACAACUGUAUGGAUUCAACUCCUCCAUUAUCAGAUCCCUUGGAACUUGCGUCAUUAAUGGCGAAAACACCUUCCCUAUUGGGGCUUUGUGAUCACGAGGCUUUGCGCCGGAAAAGAGCUCAGGUCGAUUUGAUCAUGAAGCGUCAAAAGUGUGAAGUUAAGGAAGUUUCCGCUCCUCCUUCUGAGGCUGAGGCGGCAACUAUUAGGGAAUUUGCGAAUGCAGCUAUCAAACUUGGUCGUGAAAAUGCGGAAAAACGCUUCAAGGGAAUGAGAGGGUUUGCGUUUUUGAAUUCCUCACAUGAAAAUCAUGCAUACUAUCUUCAUGUUUUGGGACAAUCAAAGCCAUGA